AUGACUCGAAUUACUCGCUCUCAAAAGAUUGACCCUAACGGAGAUACCAUCCAUUAUCUUCAAGAACAUAUAAAAUAUUUAAACCGACAAAUUAGAAGAUGUAGUAAGGAAUCUCAUAUCAAUCUUUUAAACCAAGAAAUACAACGAACCCAAAAUCUUAAAGAGAAAUUAAGACUAAAGGAGAUUACCAUUGAAAAAGCCAAUCAAGAGUUAGACAAACUACGGGAAGAAGUAAAAUUGCUUAAAGAAAUAAUCGACCAAAAAAAUGAAACUAUAAACAAUUUACGAGAAGAAAACGAAGCCUUACGAAGUACAAACGAAGAAACUCAAGCUACAAACAUUCAACUUGUUGCCCAAAUCGAACACUUUCGUGAUAGAAAUAAUAGCCUCCGCCAAGAACUCCAUUCAAAUUGCAACAAUUUUAUAUUAAGCCAACAAAAACACAUAGAAGACUUACAAAGAACAAUAAGGGUGAAAGAAGAAUCAGACCAUGAAUUUUGUAAUCAAAGAAUAAAUCGUUUAGAAAAUAGAAUAUCCUACUUUGACGAUCGGGAAAGACAGCGUGCACAGGGUAUUGAACUGCCACCAUAUUUUGCUAGAAGUGAUGCUUUCCUCGGUGAACAAGAGUUUGAUCAACAGUUUAAUCAUUAA